AAACAGAAAACGACGUGUGGUUUGUAAUUGUGCUAGUCCUUUAUAAGUAUCCCACUCCGUUACGCUCUUCCUUCAACCUCACCUCACCUCCCAAUUCUAGGGACACGGACACCUCACCUACCCCGUCCUAAGUUCCCUUCUCUUCUUUCUCAUCCAACUCAACCACCACCACAACACAACACCUUUCUUUCAUCUCUUCUAAUUACAUAUUUCUUCAUUUUUAUCACUCUAACUCACCACUUUCAUUUUUCAACUACAACCAAAAUAAAUACUACUAACAAUCUAACCACUUUUUCCACCAUCAUCAGAAACCAUAAAAAGGAACAAUCUUUCAAACCCAUUUAAAGAAUUCAAUCCAAUUUCUAAUUGGGUAUCUCAAAUGACAUCACCAUCUACAACAACACCACCAAACAUAGUAACAAACACAGACUCAAAGAGAAAGAGAACAAAAAACAGAGCAUACAAGAAUCUUCAAGAUCAGCUUCAAACCACCCACCCAAAAUGGAAAUCUCAAACACAACAACAAAUCUACUCUACCAAACUCCGACAAGCCUUAACAAGAGUCAACACAUCAACAACACAACGCCGUGGAAAAGCCGUUCGAGAAGCCGCCGAUAAAGCACUAGCCAUGACAGCUAAAGGAAGAACUCGAUGGAGCAGAGCCAUUUUAACAACCCGGCUCAAACUCAAGUUUAGGAAGAAGAAGAAACAGAAACAGAGACUAACGGCGUCACCGUUAAAUCGGUCAAAGAAAUCAAGGAUCAAUGUUUUACGGUUGAAGGGGAAGGUGGUUCCUAGUGUGCAGAGGAAAGUAAAGUUCCUUGGAGGAUUGGUUCCUGGUUGUAAAAAAGAACCGUUACCGGUGAUUCUGGAAGAAGCUAUUGAUUAUAUACCUGCGCUUGAGAUGCAGGUUCGAGCUAUGAGUGCUCUUUUUAAUCUUCUUUCAGCUUCUACUUCCGGUGCCGGUGCCGGUGUUGGCUCCGGUUCCAGUUGAUAAGCCACUUGUUUUGGGCUGUUUGUGUAAUAUACAAAGCCUUGUGUCCAUUUUUUAAAAUUUUUAUUAUUGUGAAUUAUUACUAGUAUUAUUUUUAUUA